AUGGCUCCCUUUUCCUUUUCACUCCUGUCGGCGCUUUUUAGCGGCCUAGCUCUAGCCGAGUUGCGUUGUCGACCCAAUGGCCCCAUUGUUCCCAGACCGACGAACCUGGCCAGCUCGGAAACCAUCAACUCGGCACUCGAGGAACUAGGCAGCACCUUGCAAAAGGCCAUCGACGGUGAAAUAAAGGCCGGAUGGGACACACAAAACGGCUCGUUCUCAAUUGCCGUCGUUUCGCUCGAUCAGCCCGACCCUGCUGUUCCAGUAUGGGAGUUCCACCACCUUUCUGCUGCCAACGAGAAGGGUACAAAGGAGAUCGACCGGGACUCUCAGUACUUGAUCGGAUCUAUAUCGAAGGCCAUUUCGGAUCUGAUCCUGUUGAAGAGCGGCGUUGAUCCUGAUACGCCAGUGCGGAAAUAUCUCCCUGCCUUGGAUGGAGGACCGAUUAACUGGGGCGACAUAACCCUUCGGGAUUUGGGCAAUCAUCAAGCUGGCAUUCCGCCAAACUAUGGCUUCUCUGAAUACUACUAUCUGAAGGAUGUGCUUGAGCUGCUUGGCUUCCCGCGUCUUGAGGACUCCGACUACCCCAAAUGCGGUGUUAUUGCUCUCAACGGUGGUUGCGAUGCUGAAGCCACUCAAGAGGGUCUCGUAGACUCCUACCCUGUAGCUAAGGUUUCCACCACGCCAGUGUACUCCAACAUGGCCUUCACCUUGAUCGCCCUAGCCCUCAAGGAAGCUACAGGAAACAAUUAUACGCAGCUGCUAGACGAGCUCAUCUCGCAGCCCCUUGGCCUCAAGAGCACUCGCGAGAGCCCCGGCGACGAUGACAAGGCCGUUAUUCCUCCAGGAGAGAGCACUUGGGGAAGUGACUACGGCAUCAAUGCACCCGGCGGCGGUCUCGUCUCCACCCUCUCGGAUUUGUCUGUGUUUGCCCACGGUAUACUCUCACGCUCUAGCAAGAUCCUACCUUCGGAGGCCGCUAUCAAUGCUUGGUUGAAACCUAAUUCCGCGACUGGCAGCCUCAACUCUCUCGUCGGUCUUCCGUGGGAAAUUUUCCGCACCGCGAACCUCACCCCGAAGCACCCCCACGUCAUCGAUAUCUACGCGAAGGGCGGCGGUGCCUACAACUACCGCUCGCAACUUUCCCUUAUCGAUGAGUAUGGUGUAGGGAUUAUCAUCCUCACAGCUGGCGCAUCGGGUGCUCUAACACCGAUAUAUGACGCUGUUCUCACGACCAUAGUCCCCGCGAUCGAUGAGGUCGCUCGACAGCAAGCGCAGCAAUACGCAGGAGAAUUCGGUGCCAUCUCGAACGGCGUCGUUGUCAACGCCACACUCGAACUCGACGACGACUCCAUCAUUAUCCAGUCUCUGAACCGCGACGGGCAUGACAUCCUCGAAGGUUUCCAGGUUAUUUUCUCGCAGGCUUUCGGCAGUAUCCUAGGCCUAGGCGUGGCGGGCCCGCGGCUGUUCCCCACCGGCGUCAAAACACCGGGCGAGGUAAAGCUCUGCAAUGGGACGAGGGCCGUAGUUCGAGAAGAUUGGCGCCUGAACUGGAGCGAGUUUGUCAACUUUGAGGAAUCCGAACUGCCUGGGGUCGGUGUUACGGCGCAGGAUUGCUUGUCGUGGACGCUGGCUGAUUGGAUGCAUUACGGCAAGGAGCCUUUGGACAGGUACAUCUUUGUCACGGAUGCCGAGAGCGGCGAGGUGUUGGGAUUUGAAGUGCCGUUCCUGAGGUCCGGUUUGCUUCAGAAAGCUGGAUAA